ACCGACACUGCUCAUCCACCCAUCCACUACCAGUUCCCCAAAGCUGCCACGCGGCUGGCUGGGAAAGAAAAGGAAGAGGGCUCCUCCCGGAGGGCUAAGCCAGAAGGGUGGCUUCUCUAAGGGAUUUAACAUCCUACCCUCAGUUACAUGACGCCACCCUCUCAAGACUGGAACUGCGACUCCAUUUUUGUUUUGGGGCGGAGGGUCAGGGGCUCCCGGAUAGAAGGGGUCAAAGGAAACGGUGAUCACCGGUGGAGGGGAAGGGGGUGCUGCCUUCCCUCCUUCCCUUUCUCUCCGUCUGCACCCCGGCAUCCCCUUCCACCUUCUUGGGGUCUCCCCCCUCCCUUGUUGCUAAGGCCCGGACCGUCAUCCCAGCAACAGCCUCAGUCAUGUGACCGGCAAUGGCGGCGCUGACGGGAGUUCCAGUCAGCUGACUGUGGAAGUAGAGAGAUUUCUGCUACCAUCAUCUUCUAUGGGCUUUUCAGGUCACACAAUCUACAAGUAGCAAGCAGGGAAAGAGAGAGUGAGCCUGCAUGCCAAUUCUAAGCUCUUCAGGAUCAAAUGUCGUUCGUCCUGUCCAGAAUGGCAGCCUGUGGAGGCACCUGCAAGAACAAAGUGACUGUCUCCAAGCCUGUGUGGGACUUCUUGAGCAAGGAGACCCCAGCCCGGCUGGCCCGGCUUCGCGAGGAGCAUCGAGUGUCCAUCCUUAUAGAUGGCGAGACUUCUGACAUCUAUGUUCUCCAGCUUUCCCCACAGGGUCCUCCCCCAGCCCCUCCCAAUGGGCUCUACCUGGCCAGGAAAGCUCUCAAGGGGCUGCUGAAAGAGGCAGAAAAAGAGCUGAAGAAAGCUCAGAGGCAGGGGGAGCUCAUGGGCUGCCUGGCUUUGGGGGGUGGUGGGGAGCACCCUGAGCUGCACCGCCCAGGCCCACCUCCUCUCCGAGCAGCCCCGCUCUUGCCCCCAGGGGCACGAGGGCUCCCCCCUCCUCCUCCUCCCCUGCCCCCUCCACUUCCUCCACGUCUUCGGGAGGAGGCUGAAGAGCAGGAGAGCACCUGCCCCAUCUGCCUGGGGGAGAUCCAGAAUGCCAAGACAUUGGAGAAGUGCAGGCACUCAUUCUGCGAGGGCUGUAUCACGAGGGCCCUGCAGGUGAAAAAGGCCUGCCCCAUGUGUGGCCGCUUCUAUGGGCAGCUGGUGGGCAACCAGCCCCAGAAUGGGCGGAUGCUGGUUUCCAAGGACGCCACCCUCCUACUGCCCAGCUAUGAGAAGUACGGCACCAUUGUCAUCCAGUACGUCUUCCCACCUGGUGUCCAGGGGGCUGAACACCCAAACCCAGGAGUCCGGUAUCCUGGCACCACACGGGUGGCCUACCUCCCGGACUGCCCUGAGGGCAACAAGGUGCUGACCCUGUUCCGAAAGGCAUUUGACCAGCGUCUCACCUUCACUAUUGGCACGUCCAUGACCACAGGGAGACCCAAUGUCAUCACCUGGAACGACAUUCACCACAAGACCAGCUGCACAGGGGGACCCCAGCUGUGCGAAUCCUCUUCAUUUCCCUCCCCUUGGCUCUUUCCCUUCUCUCCAUAUCUACUUCCAGAGAGCCAUCUACCCCUCCCUCUGGGAGUCUCCUAACUAGAGAAGACCGCCCCUAACUGUUCAGCCAUCACUUCCACCCCAGUCUUUUUUUUCAUACUGGCCCUGAUGUGUUCAGUUUAGCCAACAAUACCCACAGAAUCAGGCUGAGUUAUCUUGGCUUUGGAGGUCCCUCCUCAUGAGAAAUGGGGAGGGAUCUCAAUUUGGCCUCCACCCCAGUGAGGGUGGGUCAUAACUAGCAAGCCCAAACAGCUAACCCUGACCCUGGUUUUUCUUUGCCCCUAGGUUUGGGUAUCCAGACCCCACUUACCUGACUCGGGUGCAAGAAGAGCUGAGAGCCAAGGGUAUCACAGAUGACUGACGGAUAUCCCCUUUGCCAAGGCCCCUGCUGUCCUCCUCUAUUAGGAUCCAACAGAAGCCUCUGUUCUCCUCUCCCUCUGUCCCCAUGCCACUCAAGUAGGGGACUUGUUUGACUGAGGAGGGAGUUCAGAGGGGAAAGGGACAAUCCCUUCCCCUGUCCCCCAUUGGCCAAGUGCUUCAGUGCCCCUUGAGCCACUCCCCUCUGGCAGAGGCUGGUUUUCAAGGCUGUCCUCCCUGCAUCCCUUGUACAUAUUCCCUAUUCCCCUGGCCUUCCAGCACCCUUGGCUUUUCCUGGUAUGUGCUGUGCUCCAGUGACUAAGCUGAGAAAGGACCUGGGUGGGGAGGAUGGGGGUCUCUUGAACUCCAGCCCCCAUAUACCUUUCUACCCGGGACUGAUAUGAGCCCCCCACCUCCCUAAGCCAGCUGUGUGUUAAGAUAACAGUUCUCCUACCUUAACCUUCUCCUUUCCUGUGUUUCUGUCUCUGUCAGUCUCUGUAUCUCGCUCUUCUCUGCCCCCUACAAGGAGCCUCCUUACCCUGUUCUGGAAUCGCUGCCAGACUGUAGCUUUUAAUUUAAUAAAAAUAAAGUAAAAUAUGCAACUCUA